UUUGCGACCUUCACCUUACUUGAGACCGAACGUCCGUCAGAAUGAAAUGCACGAUAAAUCUGUUGUCCUCGUGCAAUGGACGGAAUUUUAUACUCAGCUCUGUGACACAUCAAACAAGCGCACGUAUAAAAUGUAACGGAAUAAGACGAUUUGCUUCAAAAGAUGCUGAAGAUAUACUCACCCGUACAGAUCGCCUUCAUCACCAUGAUGAUGACUGUAACACCAGAAAAACAUACAAAUCUAUCAUGCAAAUGGUGCCUCAACCAGUUGUUGUGGUAACAUCCGGAUACCGAGAAGGGGGCAUAUGGCACAAGAAAGGCAUGACCUGUACCUCAUUUACUAGUGUCUCCUUCUCCCCACCUAUCAUAUCCAUCUGCCUGAAAAUACCAAGCAAGUUUCAGACUUUACUGGAAAGGACGAGGCAUUUUGCUGUACACACAUUAGCUAGACAUCAGGUCAGCUAUGGGAUGACAUUUGCCCAGUCUAUCCCAAAAGUUUGCCAGUUCAACAAAAUACCACAUUAUGAAGACAAAGAGGGCUUACCUGUGAUUCUGGGGUGCUCUGGUGUGAUGCAAUGCGAGGCAGAGUCGUUCCAUCAGGUGGGGGACCACAACGUCUGGUACGGGAAAGUGUAUGAGGCCCACAUCGAUGAUAACGUCUCCCUGCCCAUGCUCUACCAGUCCAGAACAUUUCGUUCUGUUGGAGAUGAGAUCUUUAUCCAGUCCUUUGAAGAUGCCACAUUGCCGUUUGAGAACUGGACCCAUGAGGCCCAUCUGAGAAUGGCGUGGAACUACAUACGGGACUACGGCCGGGACAAGGCCAUCCCCAUGAUACGGGAUGGUAUCCAACAUUACAACCAAGUGCACAAGGAUAAAAUUAAAACCGGCUACCAUGAGACCAUCACCAUGUUCUACUGCUUUGUCAUUGAUGAUGCCAUCACGAACGCAAGCAAACCAGGCGACACUUUUGAACGGUUCCUCAAACGUAACGGUCACCUGCUUGACCGCAGCCUCAUGUACAAGUACUACAGUCGGGAACGUUUCUCUGACCCUCAUGCAAAAGAGAAGUUUAUUCUGCCUGACCUGCAGGUGUUACCAGGGAUGUGAGAGAAACAAAGGCCAUAACUUUAGAUCAAUCAUAAUGACUAGUUUCUAAAUAUCUAAGUAUUCAGACACUCUAAAUUGUUCGGACAUAAUCUUUUUUUGGCAAAAGUAAUUAUGUUUGUAACUCUCUGAUUAUACUCCUUUAAUUGACGUUUCGGCAUAAUGCCUUUAUCAACACAUUGGAAAUUAUAUGUUAACUACAUUUUUACGUCUUUUGACUGCACAAUUUAAAUAACAAAGAAAAAUGUUUUUAAACGUCAAAUGACGUUGUACAUGAUGACGUCAUAAAUGGCGUUAUAUAAAAUGGCGCCAAAAAAAUGUAAAAAUUCGCCAAAAAUGAAAUGACGUUAAACACUUACAUAUUGUAUCUUAAUCAUAUGUUAAAUGUGUGCUUUAUAUAUUUAAUAAAUUGAUAUUUUACAAUAAAAUAAUCAUCAUCAUAUGUAAUUAUAAUCUACCUUAACUUAUUAUCAUAAAUUAAAUAGGGUAAACUUAUUUAAUGACUCUUAUUAUUUCAAUCCAUAUCUAUGUAUAAUAUUCUAAUGAUAUUUGAUUAAAUAAUCAUAUAUACUUGCUAUUCUAUAUAUCAUAUACACAUUAUGGACAAGAUAAAUUGCAUAAAGUACUAUUAUUUUUACAUUCAUUUAUGUUGAUGAUUAAUAUAAAAUGUUUUUCACAUAUAUUUUUUACAAGAUAGUUUCCCGUAGCAGGACAUCAAGUUGAUUUUUUGUAUUUAGUCCAUUUGGUGAUUGCGUUUGAAACUUCUUUAUAAAUUCCAAUUCUUUAAUAAGUCUGUAAUAAUGGGAACUGUCUCUUAUUUGUGUUAACACUGAUACACCCAUAUCCUGCACUCUGUGGCCAGCACCAUUGAAAUGUUCUGAGAUUGGUUUCUCUCUUCGUAGUCGCACGUCAGCCUCAUGUUCUUUGGCGUGUUCCUUUAAUGAUCUGCUUGUCUCUCUGACGUAUACCAUCUUUUGGCAUUUAAUACAAAAUAUACCGUACACCAAGUUAUAAAUGUUACAGUUCUGUUUUAUUGCUUCGUUUGGAAUGUCACUUUUUGGGUUGUUAUGAAAACCUCUUUUCAACAUUUUACAGACUAUUCAAUUAGUCUUACACGAUUGUGGUAUUAGUUGAAAACGUUUGUUUAUUUCUUUGUUUGUUUUUCCAUGAACUAAAAUGUCACCGAUAUUCCUAUCUCGUCUGUAUGCAACUAUUGGUACGUCUGGGAAUAUAUUUUUCAUUCUGUCUGAUUUAUAUAGUUUGUCUGUAUGUUUUCGAAUUAUUGAGUGGAUAUUUGGAAGGUUGUUAGAAUAAGUUAUUAUAGCUAGUGGUACUCUCUUGUUGGCUGUUUUAUUUGUUUCUUUCUUCUUAAGUAAGUCUUUCCUAUUUAAAUUAUCAACUCGGGAUAGCUCAUGGUUUACAGUAAUUCGAGCUUGGUAAUACAUCUUGUGGGGUUUGUCAAGUAGUUUUAUCUACCCAGGGAUAUAAACUAACAAUUUAAAAACCUAAUAAGCUCAGACUUGUUCGUUUAGAAGUUUUUGUAUAGAAGACUUUGGACUUUUCUCUGAAAAUCUACAAGCUCUGAUCAAAUUGUUGGGGCAAAGGUCAAUUGUUACUUUAUAUCCCUGCAACCCCUACCUCUGAUUGAAGAAGGGCAGGUGUCUAUUGAUAUUACUUUUAAUAUGAUCCAAGUGUAUUACAGUAUAAACUCAUUUAUGGUUUUGUAUAAAUGUGAGAUGUC